AUGAAGAUCUCAUCCAUUACUCUUUUUGCUGCUGUGAUCGCAGGAUCAUUUGCAGACGCUGUCCCCGCUCACCGACGCGGUGCGGACUUGAAGCCCAGGUAUUACUUUCCGCGAGUUGUCAAGAGGCAGGUCACGUUCGACAAUACUACGACAGACGCGAGUAGUCCGACCGACUCUACCAGUUCAAGUUCGACGGAUUCUGGCCUGGGGAGCUUGAUCUCGUCGGUAGGAGAUGCCCUGUCCGGGGUAGCAUCUGCCAUUUCUGGCGACACCACAACAUCAACAGCAGCAAGCACUGAUGCGCAAACUACCGACCCAGCAUUAAGUCCUGAUCCAACGGAUUCUGCCACGGAAACAAUCGCAGACACGUCUACCGAUUCAGCUUCGCCGUCAGCUACAGAUACGAGCAUUCCAUCAGUAACACCAGAUGUGAUUCUUCCGUCUGCGACUGAUGUUCCGACAGAUUUUAACACAGAUACAACUGCCACCGCAACGGACACCGCGACGAUCACAGGGACACCUACUGCUACAUCAAGCUCGGACGAAGGAGGAAUCACAUUGGGGCUUGAUUCUAUCAUUUCAAGUAUCAUUGAUCCUGCCACUGAGUCGGCCACGAGUACAACGGAUCCCGACGCUUUGGCGUCGAUUACCUCUGCGGCGUCAUCAGCUCUCGUCUCAGCUAGCGAUGCUGCUACCUCGAUUUUGUCCGUCGCAAGUUCUUUGCAAUCCGUUGCCUCGACGGCAUCAGGUUCCGACAUCGCAUCAAUCUCUUCUGCCCUGUCGUCUGCCGCCGAUGCUGCUUCUUCGGUCGCAUCUGAAGUGAGCUCGGCAAACUCAGUGAUUACUUCGGCCGCGCCCACUACGACUGGUGGUCUUGCUGAUGUGACUAGUGACCUGAACUCAUUCCUAUCACCUACAGCCUCGAGUACUGACUCAAUUCUGCCAACCGGUACUCUAACGAUACUCCCCACUGAUUCGCCGACUGUAUCGCCUACUCUGCCUACUGAUUCAGUAACAAUUCCCACUGAUUCAGUCACGAUCAGUCCAACGGACUCGGUUACCGUAUCACCUACUAUUAGCCCCACGGAUUCAGUGACUUCACCUCCCACCAUCAGUCCAACAGAUUCUGCUACCUUGCCACCAACUAUUAGCCCUACGGGUUCGGUUACAGAUGCUGGAAACAAUACCGUGACUGUUCCCCCUACGACGACAGAGACCACACCCACGGUAACACCUACCACUGUUCCUACAACGACUCCCGAUGUGCCUCCAUUCGUCGCUAACACAACUACUCCUGUGACGACUCCCGUUGUCACGCCUUCGACAACUGCAAGUUUGACGACUUCCGUUCCACCUACCAACACUGUCAAACCUACGGGAACAGACUCUGCGACGGUCUUGACUCCGGACUCAAGCAUCAUCUCCGCAACGACGGCUCCGCCUAGCAUGACAUCGAAAUCGACUUCAACUAGCGCUGCAGUGAUCCCAACGUCCCUACCUCGCGUUAUUCAACCUCAAGGAGGUGUGCCGGAUGCACCGGAAAACUCUACUUUGAUCCAGCUGGGAUUCAAUUAUGGUCUCAACUAUGCCUUUGUCGUCUCCUCACCGACUGCUGUCUCGCAAAUCUUUUCAUAUCUUCCCGUCGGUGUAUCACAUGGGCUGGGUCUUGAUCUGGACAAGGUUGUCAUGCAGUACCUACAGCCUUACAAUACUUUGGACACACUGAACUACAUCACCACUUUGGCCAUGGCUUACAUCCCAGCUGACAAAGUCGAUACACUGUCCAUGAAUCUCUUGAAUCCCAACUCGGAGCUCUAUCAAAACCCGAACCCGUCGGUGGUGACGCUGAUGGGCAUGAUCGAUCCUUCAAUUCCCAUUCUGCCGGGCUCUGCCAUCGCUGGUGGUGGCACCCCAGUCAACUCGGCGAACUCUGCUGCGACAACCUCGGACAACAGCGGUACCCCUGAUGGCGGCACUCCGGGCAGCAAUGACUCGGGCAGCUCACCCGUUCGUCCGUCUUCGGUCGGCAUCGCGGUCGGCGCCGUCGCUGGAGCUGCUGUAUACGGAGCCGCAAUGUUCCUUGUCGCUCGUCGGUACAAGAAGCGCAAGGCUGGCCACCAAAGGUCAAGCAGCAUGCAAUCAGGUAACCGCGGCGCACGUCCUGGCGAAAACUCGAAUCUCAUGGCUGGCGCGAGAGGCAGCUACGGCACUCGAUUUGGUGGUCUCGCUGGCCGUACCUCGAGAACAAGUGAUCGCAGCAAUUCUCAGAGGAGUGGACGGACGUACAUUAGUCCGCCCGUUAUGGCUGAGAACAGCUUGGGAUGGAACUAG